CAGAGAGUGGGACAGGAAACUGAAUCUUGUGCUCUCUUGUUUAGCUGCAGUUUGUUUAGCCUCUUGGUAUGAACUAACUCUUGAAUCUUUAUGCCACACGUGGACAGCAUCUGAGGGGAUAUAUGAUUUUAGCAGGAGAUGGCGGUGUCGAGCCACAAGCCUGUUGGUAAUGACAACUUGGAGAAAUGGGAAUCAGUUGCCUCUGGGGGAUUUGGUCAUGUGUACAAGGCCAGGCACAAGGACUGGGGCUUUGAUGUGGCCAUUAAGAUACUACGUCAUGGUAUCUGCCCCUUCAUGUCACUGAGCGAGGAGGCUGCUCACAUGGAUAAAGCUUCCUGUGAGUUUGUGCUCAGACGGUAUGGAAUUUAUCAGGGAUGUCCGCCUGGUGCAGGACCAUCCAUGCAAAACGGAAUAGUGAUGGAGUUCAUGAGGGGAGGGUCUGUUGAGUCCUUGCUGAAGGUCCUCUCUGGCCCUCCACCAUGGCCCCUGGUCUUCCGCUUGGCCCAUCAAGUGGCUUUGGGCAUGAACUUCCUCCAUCACUAUGGCCUAAUGCACCACGACCUAAAGCCAAGUAAUGUACUGCUAACUAUCGACCUUAAUGCCAAGCUAGCAGACUUUGGUCUGUGCAGAGUUUCCACCAGUGCUUUGAACAACAAUGAAGGAUCAAGAGAAAAAAGCCUCAGAGAAAUUGGAGGCACAUACAAGUACAUGCCUCCUGAAGCUUUUAAAGAACCAUAUGAACCUCACCGAUCUUAUGACGUCUACAGCUAUGGUAUCCUGCUCUGGUCCAUUGUCACUGGUAAAGAGCCCUAUGGAACAGCUGGUUAUGAUCAUGUGAAGGAGGCGAUCUGUGAUGGGCAAAGACCUUCCCUUGUGGAAACUGACCAGAAUAAGGCAGAAGGGUUGAAGGAACUGGUUGUCCUCAUCAAGAAGUGCUGGGAUGGCGAUCCCUCCAGCAGGCCUCUUUUUAUAAAGUGCCGUGAAGACACUGAGAAUUUGUUUUCAAAGCACGAGGAGGGAAUUCAUGAGGCAGUCCAACAAGUCUCGGCAAGACUGAAGUCACCAACCAGUAAUCAACAGUCAAACACACGUGUGGCAAUUGAUGUUCCUCCUCAGACACAAGGACAGACAAAGCCAAAUGAUACUGUGGAUUUUGUCAGAUUUACCAGAACUGAAAGGCCUUCAGCACAGGAUUCUGUCAGAGUUUUUACUGAAAGCAUGAGCAUUCAGGAUAAAGCAAAGUUUGUUGACGCGAACAGGGCGAAGAUAAUUAGAAGCGUUGCCGAGGUCAUGUCAAUAACAGAGGAUCUUGGAGACAUGGUCCAUGGUGAAGCCUACUCAUGGAUCCGAGCUCAGGUGACAAGCCACGAAAAGAUGAGAGUGCUUUAUGAUAGAUCAUUGCGUUCAGGAGGGGAAGUGGUCAAAGCAGCAUUCUACGACGCCCUCAAAAGCCAUCACCCAGAACUAGUGAAGAGGCUCGGUGGCUCAUCCUAAAGGAAUUGUGGCAUUCCUGCAUUUUCUGCACAGAGAUGUCAAAAGAGUUUCCAUGCCUCUCGUCAUACACUUCAAUACAUUAAUAUAUUUUUAUUCAUUUGUAGCCUACAUAUAUAAUGUAGAAGCCUAAAUGCAAUGCAUGCGAUAGUUUAGUUCAUAAUUGAAAGGAAUAUUUACAGUAUUUACAGGUUGACCUAGUUGCAGUAUAUUUACAGUCAUGCAAUAAGGGAGAGACACAUAUUUUUUAUUGCACUGGUCAAUUUUGAGAUUUUCAGACUAAUAAAAACGUCCAAAAUAGCCUACACAUUUAGGUGUUUAUUUAGUUCAGAUUAGUUCAUUAGUUAAAAUCUUUACCCUGCUAUCUUAUUUUUUGUCUAAAAUUGUAUGGAAUUUUACGAUACAUUUCUUUAAAGGCCAUUUUCUCAAAAUGCUCUAAGCCAAAAAUCUCAGCUUCAGUAACCAAACUUUCCAGUAUUGGUAUAUUCUGAAGGUUUUUACAGAGGGGUUAAUUCACAUAUUAUUCAUAGACUGAUUUAUGCAACAUGUUCUUCCUUAGAUCAUGGCAAAAAUGGAUUUUUUUCAAUGGUUAUGGACAGUAUUUUCUAAUUUAUGGAGUGAUAACAUGGAGUGAUGACAUCCAAAAUGCCCUCUGUAAAAUCCUUCGACUCUAGUAAAGGGAACCAAGAUUUUUUAACCUGGCUUUAUCUGAUGUUCAGAUGUUUGCAAAUCAGUAUAUAUUUAAUUAGAUAAUUAGAUAGUUUAGACUGGAUUAAUGCUUCAUUUGCUAAUUUUAACAUUAAAUUUGAGAAGAAUUGUAAUAUAAAUUAUAAAUCGUUCAUUAUGUCUUCAGUUUCUGAUAAUGACUUUAGCUGUUCUUUUAUCUCAGACAUGUAUUAGGAUGUUUCAUACCUUGACAUGUUUUGGCAUGUGUCACUUGGUGGUGGUUGUGACGCGUCUUUAUCAGCUGAUCUGUCAAAGACGCGUCAACUGGGAAAGUUUCAUGGUUAUACCUUUAAGUUAACAUUUUUUUAAAAUGCAUAUAAUCUCGUUUAUGUAACAUCUGUUAUAUUUUAGUAGUUGACUGUGUUUGUUGAUUCCUAGUUACAGUCUACCUUUAAGUGCCUUUUGAUAUUCUCGCGAAAUGGGGACUUUUAUGAUCAGACAAGUGCCCCCCAUCUCUCUUUAACAAUUCUCGCUUGAACUUUGUUUAAAAAUUUGAUGAUUGUGAAAUAGGACAGUUGUUCUGAACCAUUUUUAUUUUUUUGCGUGUCAAAGUUAACAGUUUUCCAAGCGGUGCUGUGGAUUUGGAUGAGAGGAAUUGUCAAAGCGUCAAGCUGAGGCACUAAUCAUUUGAAACCAACAUGUAAUUUGGUGACAUUUUACUACACUGUACAAAAAGUCGUGAAUAUAAUAAACUUUUCAGGAAUAUUUUCUCAAUAAACAUAUUUUUUCAUAAAGAAAAAAAA